GUUGGUUCUAAAAAGCAGCCAGACUAGCCUACCUGCAGAAUUUGUCUCUCCUUCGAAUGUGUGAUAAACCUGUCGGUUCAUCUGAUAAGUGAUAAAGACAAUCAUUUGCCUGAAUUUAUUACUUGCAGUGAUCCCACUUGCUUGAGUAUAUUGUGUUUUAAGUGCAGAUCGCGAAAGCAAUAUGGCAGAAGCCUUCGAUCCAAAAGAGCAUCAGCACACACGCUACAACCCACUGAAGGAUGAAUGGGUGCUGGUGUCCCCGCAUCGGAUGAAGAGGCCAUGGAAGGGACAGGUGGAGAAAAUCCCAGAUGAAAACAUCCCCCGGCAUGACCCAAAAAACCCACUGUGCCCCGGGGCCACACGAGCACAUGGCGACGUGAAUCCAGAAUAUACAAGUACUUUUGUCUUUGAGAAUGACUUCCCAGCGAUGUUGCAGGCUGGAGCGCCAGAACCAGGGCCAAGUGAGCAUCCGCUUUUCCAGGCAAAAUCUGCAGUUGGAACAUGUCAGGUGAUGUGCUUUCAUCCGUGGUCUGACAUCACGUUACCUCUGAUGUCACUAGUGGAGAUUAAGGCCGUGGUCGACAAGUGGGCAGAUAUGAUCUCUGACUUGGGGUCAAAGUUCACAUGGGUUCAGGUAUUUGAGAACAAAGGAGCUGUCAUGGGCUGCUCCAAUCCCCACCCACACUGUCAGGUUUGGUGCAGCACGUUCAUGCCCAAUGAACCAAGGGUCAAAGACAAGAAUCAGAGGGAGUACUACAAGACUCAUGGAAUACCCAUGCUGGUUGAAUAUGUCAAGAUGGAAGCUGAAAAGAAGGAACGAACGGUUGUAGAAAAUGACACUUGGCUAGCAGUAGUACCCUACUGGGCCGUUUGGCCGUUUGAAACUAUGUUGUUACCACGGCGACAUGUACUCAGGCUGCCAGAUCUCACCGACAAGGAACGAGAAGGCCUAGCGGAUAUAAUGAAGAGACUGUGCACUAAAUAUGACAACCUGUUUGAAACAUCAUUUCCAUAUUCUAUGGGUUGGCAUGGUGCGCCCACAGGGGAGGCGCUCACUGAUGACAACAGCCACUGGCAGCUCCAUGCAACAUACUUCCCCCCUCUGCUCAGGUCGGCCACUGUGCGCAAGUUCAUGGUGGGCUAUGAGAUGAUGGCUCAACCACAGAGGGAUCUGACUGCAGAGCAGGCUGCUGAAAGACUACGGAAUCUACCAGACGUCCAUUACAAGGAAAAAGCCAGCAAGUGAAAAAAAAAUCAACAAGUGCAAGUGCAUAAGCUCUGAUCAUCUUGCAUAAACAAGUGUAGUCUAGGGGCUAAACAUUGUUAUUGUUUGAUACGCAAUAACCUGCCACCGCGAUAACCGGCCAUCGCGAUAACCGGCCGCCGAGAGAGGGCGCUAUCACGGCCAACCAAUAUCACCCACGAACCCGUCAGAACGUCUAGGCCAAUUCUUAAAAUCUCCCUCCCCCCACCCCCCCCCCCAAAAAGAAAUAGGGGAAACUAGUGCGCAUGCACGACUUCUGCAGGCAAUUACGGUCAAUGUUCAGUCCCAUACAUACUACUCACAACAAAAGAGCUGACCAGUGAAAUUGCACAAAAGUCUUGCUGCAUCUUUUAUACUACUGGAAAAAAUUUGAGAGUUUGCUUCGGAACUACAUUUUUUGAAUUGCGCCCUGCAUUAGGCACCUUACACAACCAAUAGCAAUUGGCCUAGACGUUGUUCUGACGGGUACGUGGGUGAUAUUGGUUGGUCGUGAUAGCGCCCUCUCGCUGCGGCGGGUUAUCGCAACGUUUAGCCCCUAGACUCAAACAGGGGCACGUUUUGGCGCUGUGACCGUAAACAUGUUUCUGGUUCGCGGCCGUUUUGGCGCUUCGGUUACACUGAAAUAACGUCAUUGUUUCGACCAAAGUUUAACCGAAGUUUCGUGUCGGUUCACUUAUGUUUCAAGAUGGCGGAAAGGUAAACAAGCUUAGCAGACGACGUUACUUUUUAUCAUAAAUGGGGUUUAAAUAGUGGGUUUUUACCUUCAAUUGGUACGAAAAUUGAUACAGAAUAUCAGGCCUACUCUUUUUAGAACUUUAGGGAAACGCUAUAAAAAAAAACUCCCUCUUUUGCUUUGAAUGUUAUUGUUAAUCAUGUCCGGUCGCCUUGUGAUUUUUUUUGGGUUGUACGGUGUGCAGUCACGUAGGCAGUAACAUGACGUUAUGAACAAUUUUCGGGUCAGUCGUUUUCGCGGUGCACAGGAAACAUGUUUCAGGUCACGGCUGUGACGUCAGAAACAUGUUCCAGAUCAAGGGCCGCCAAAACGUGCUCCAGGUAACAUGUAGAAACUCCUGCCAGAGCUUAUAAAGAUAUAGUUUUUUCUGACCGUAGGUCAAAUUCCACCUACCUUCAUAGUAUCAAGUCUUUUUUGACUCCUGUGCAAUCAGUAUUUUGCAUCGGCAACUCAAAAGAAGCUGGUUUACCCCUCAGACAGUCAAUAUUAUAUUUAUAUUAACAGUAAAUAUUAACAACUUAAGGUUCUUAAAAUAAAAUUAUAUUUUGGAACAACAUUCCUUCCAGGAAAAAAAUUAAUACAUUAAAGGUUGUUUUAAAUCUUUAUACAAAUAUUUUCUCAGCAUUAUAUUUUCUCGAGUAUUACUCAGCAAGAUUACUUUUAGUGGGAAAAAAAGUGCACUUAAAGUAAUGAAUCAUGUAUUAAAUGAUUGUCUUCAGUAAUGUCUUCAAUUAUUUGCAAAAACGUAGAAGUGGACUAGCAUUAGAACAUUUAGAAUUGUGGUGUUUAAUUGCUGUUUGUGUAAUACUGUUAUUAUUUAUUUCAAUGCUCAAAAGCUCUGUUUUAAAAAUUGAAACUGAUGAAUAUCAGCUUGACAUCGAGGUACCUUUCCAUCGAAUUAUCUUAUUGAGAUGGUUAUAUGAUUACUAAAACCUUGUAAUUUGAACAGUUCCAACAGGACAUAAUGAUAGUUGAUCUAGAAGAUAAUAAAGAAAAUCACUUGCCAGA